AUGUCGAUUGUCCACAUUGUUCUGUUCCAGUUCAAAGCCGGCCUUGAUGCGAAAGUGAUCAAUGAGACAUGCCAACGGUUAGUCGGGCUGAAAGACAAUUGUCUCCAUCCUUCAUCCCAAAAGCCCUACAUGAAGGUAUCCUCGGGAGGAGCUGAUAAUUCGCCGGAGGGAAUUCAGAAUGGCAUCACACAUGCUUUUGUUAUGGAAUUUGCUAGCGCAGCAGACCGAGACUAUUAUUGCAAGGAGGACCCCGUGCAUCUGGAAUUCGUCCGCAGCCUGAGCGGCCUGCUGGAAAAAGCCCAGGUGAUCGACUACAGCCCUGGGGUAUUUUAG